CUUCAAGAUUAUCUUCGGACUGAGAUUAUGUUCAAAAGGUUCUUACUGGUCCUUGAUGACGUUUGGGAAGAGGAGGAACGGGAUAAAAGUAAAUGGGGUAAUGUGCUCGCCCCUCUAGCUUCUGGAAGUUUUGGUAGUAAGAUUCUGGUAACAACUAGGACGGAAUCAGUCGCACUGAUGUUUCAAAAAGUGAUUCAAGACAAACAAAAACCAAUGAAAUUAGAAGGCUUAAAGGAGGAAGAAUGUUUGGAGCUCCUCAACACCCAUGCGUUUGCUGAAGACGAUCUUGAUGAUCAGAGAAAAUUAAAAUUAAAAUCAAUUACUGCAGAGAUAGUUAAAAAGCUUUCAGGGUCUCCUUUAGCAGCAAAGGUCAUAGGCGGUGAUCUGAAUUCUAAUUUGGAUGAAGGACAUUGGAUAAGAGUUUUAGAUUCUGUCCUUGAAAUAAUAAAAUUGGGUCAAAAUUAUAUCAUGCCCAUCUUAAAAUUGAGCUAUAUACACCUCCCAGAACAUCUAAAAAGUUGCUUUACAUUCUCUUCCAUAUUCCCACAAGAUUAUCAAUUUCAUAAAGGUACUUUAGUCCGACAGUGGAUUGCAUCAGGUUUCAUUCAACCUUCUCAUGUUCAAGGAGAGAUUCUGGAGGAUAUCGGAGGAAGGUAUUUUGAUGUUUUGGUUAAAAAAAAUUUCUUUGACAAGUUUGAAGAUAUUUUUGGACGUUAUUACUAUAAGAUGCAUGAUUUAAUACAUGAAUUAGCACAAUUUGUUUCCAUGCAUGAAUGCUUAAGAGUUGAGGAUAGUACAAAUUUGCCUUCUCCAAUUCCUAAGACUCUUCGACACUUGUCUGUUCAAGAUAUCUGUGCACUUAGUGAAAUAUUCAAGUUGAGAAGCCUACGCUUAUUAUAUAUAGAGUUUCCAAAAGAAUUGAAAAUAAUACCUGAGGAGAUUGAAAAUUUGAUACAUCUUCGAUACUUAAAGAUUGAUGGUGAGAAUUUGACUAUGCUGCAAAGAUCUGUAAGUAAUCUCUAUCACUUGCAAUACAUAAUCCAUGAUGGGCAAGAGAAAGAUGCUGAUUUUUUACCAAGUGACAUUAAUAACCUUUCUAACUUGCGUUACGUGAAAUUGCCCAAAAAUUGUAUUUCAUCGAUAUGUGGGAUUGGGAAGUUAAAGUUUCUUCAAAAAGUGAACAUGUUUGAUCUUAGAGAGGCGAGUGGUUAUAGAAUUAAAGAGCUGGAGAACAUGAAUGAUCUUUGCAAAUUAGGAAUCAAUUGCCUUGAAAAUGUUAAGGAUGCUGAGGAGGCUUGUAGUGCCAAAUUAUAUGCCAAGAGGAGGCUCAUAGAUUUAUCCUUAAAUUGGAGUUGCAUUGCUUCGAGGAACACAGAUUUAGAUGAGAAUGUGCUAGACAACAUCCAGCCACCAAAUUGUCUAAGGAAUCUGGAGAUACAUAGAUACAUGGGUGCAAGGCCUGCUAUAUGGAUGAACAACGUCAAUCUUAUCUCCAAUCUAGAGAAAAUCAAUUUGACAGAUUGCUUGGAGUGUGAAACUCUUCCACCUUUUGGACAACUUCCCUUCCUCAAGUCACUGACACUUGAAAACAUGCCGAAAGUAAAAUGGCUCGAAAGUAAAUUUAAUGGGAAUGAUAAAUACCAUGCCUUUCCAUUGCUAGAGGAUUUAUGUAUUCGCAGAUUAGCAGUAUUAGAGGAUUGGUUUGAGGCAGGAGUAGCUGCUGAAGAUGGCUGUUUGUUUCCUUGCUUAAUUGAACUGACUCUAGUUGACUGUCCGAAGUUGAAAGAGUUGCACUCUUUGCCUCCUAAGCUCAACAGCUUGCACAUAUAUAAAAUUGGAUGGACGACUUUGAAUUUUUGUAGCAAUUCAAAUCCUAUUCCCCUUUUCAUUGUAAAUGUCAUUUGCUGUCCAAACAUUACAUCUCUUCCUCUGGCUGAUGAAAUAGCAAGACUUGCAGCACUAAGAUACUUGAUAAUUACAGAGUGCCCCAAUCUGAUCUCUCUGGGAAGAUAUCGAGAAGUGGAGACGACUAAUAAUUGUAGAAGUUAA